AUGGAUACCUCAACAUCUCCCUUUCCCUCUCCCAUGUCCAUCCUCAACACCACCGCCACCAACACACCCUUCCAUGACCUUCCAGAAGUUUCUCCUAAGCCAUACAAGAAGAGCAUAGUCACCACCUUGAUGGAAGCUGCCACCUUCAUCACCCCUUCCUUCAAAGAAGACACAUACUUCGUGUCCCACCUAAAAUCUUCGGAGAAGAAAGCACUGCAAGAGCUCAAGGACAAGCUCGUGGCUUCUGAAUCGAACCACAUUUCCAUGUGGGGUGUUCCUUUGCUUGGUGGUGAUGAUAGAGCUGAUGUGUUGCUCUUGAAGUUCCUCAGAGCUAGGGACUUCAGGGUUAACGAUGCUUUCAACAUGCUUCUCAAGUGCUUGUCUUGGAGGAGUGAGUUUGGUGCUGACAACGUUGUCGAUGAAGAAUUGGGGUUCAAAGAGCUUGAAGGUGUUGUUUCUUAUACGCAAGGCUAUGAUAGAGAGGGGCACCCUGUGUGCUACAAUGCUUAUGGGGUGUUCAGAGACAAGGACAUGUAUGAGAGGAUUUUUGGUGAUGAAGAGAAGCUGAAGAAGUUCUUGAGGUGGAGGGUUCAAGUUCUUGAGAGAGGAAUCAACCUUCUCCAUUUCAAGCCUGGUGGGGUCAAUUCUCUCAUUCAGGUUACAGACCUUAAAGACAUGCCUAAGAAAGAGCUCAGGCUUGUUUCUAAUCAGAUCCUCUCUCUGUUCCAAGACAACUAUCCUGAAAUGGUUGCUCGUAAGAUUUUCAUCAAUGUACCCUGGUACUUCAGUAUGUUGUAUUCAAUGUUCAGUCCAUUUCUGACCCAAAGAACUAAGAGCAAGUUUGUGAUUUCUAAGGAAGGAAAUGCUGCAGAUACACUCUACAAAUUUAUAAGGCCUGAGGACAUUCCUGCUCGAUAUGGAGGACUGAGUCGGCCAAACGAUUUACAGAAUGGUCCCCCAAAACCAGCAUCUGAGUUUACAGUUAAAGGAGGAGAGAAAGUGAACAUCCAAAUAGAAGGAAUUGAGAGUGGUGCCACUAUCACAUGGGACAUUGUGGUUGGAGGCUGGGACUUGGAAUACAGUGCUGAGUAUGUCCCAAUAGCAGAAGGUAGCUACAUCAUAGCAGUUGAGAAGCCAAGGCAGAUUGAAGCCUCAGAAGAAGCAAUCCAUAACUCAUACACAUCAAAAGAACCAGGCAAAAUGGUACUCUCUAUUGAUAACACUGCUUCAAGGAAGAAAAAAGUUGCUGCUUAUCGCUAUUUUGUCCGCAAAUGCUGCAACACACCAUCUGAGACUCAGUUAAGCCUCCAACAGUUGUAG